AUGCUCCGCAUCACUGCUUUCCGUGUCGCCGCGCGUGCGCCCCGCACCUCUCUGCGCUCCGUGCGCACCUUUACCGGCUACAACGGCCCCGUCGCCGGCCUGACGCCGCAGCAGGAGGAGUUCCGCGACGCCGUCCACGCCUUUGCGCAGAAGGAGAUUGCGCCCCGCGCCGCCGAGAUCGACAAGACGAACGAGAUGCCCGAGGACAUUUUCCCCAAGUUUGGCGAGAUGGGACUUCUCGGCGUGACGGUGCCGGAGAAGUGGGGCGGACUGGGGCUGGGCUACCUCGAGCACACGAUUGCGAUGGAGGAGAUCUCGCGCGCGUCUGCGUCGAUCGGUCUCUCGUACGGCGCGCACUCGAACCUGAUGGUGAACCAGCUCGUGCGCAACGGAAACGAGGCCCAGAUCGAGAAGUACCUCCCCAAGCUGCUCACGGGCGAGCACAUUGGUUCGCUGGCCAUGUCUGAGCCGAACGCCGGCUCGGACGUUGUCUCGAUGAAGACCCGCGCCGACCCGCAGGAGGACGGAAGCUACCUCCUCAACGGGUCCAAGUGCUGGAUCACCAACUCGCCGCACGCGUCGACCUUCCUCAUCUACGCCAAGAGCGACACCAACGUCGCCCCCUCCAAGGGCAUCACGGCCUUCCUGGUCCAGAGGGACUGGGAGGGCUUCUCCGUCGGCGAGAAGCUCGACAAGUUCGGCAUGCGCGGCUCGCCCACUGCCGAGCUCUUCUUCGACAACGUCCGCAUCCCUGCCGAGAACGUCCUCCGCGGCCCGGGCACGGGUGCCGCCGUUCUGAUGAGUGGGCUCGACUAUGAGCGCCUCGUCCUCUCCGGCGGCCCGCUCGGUAUCAUGCAGGCCGCCCUCGACAUGACGCUCGAGUACACGCAUGACCGUCAGCAGUUCGGCCGCCCCAUCGCCGAGUUUGAGCUCAUGCAGGGCAAGAUUGCCGACAUGUACACCAAGCUCUCGGCCUCGCGUGCAUACGUGUAUGCCGUCGCGCGCGCCGCCGACGCAGGCAAGGUGUCCCGCGAGGACUGCGCCUGCGCCAUCCUCUACGCCUCGGACCGGGCCGUCGAGGUCGCCAUGGACGCCCAGCAGUGCUUCGGAGGAAACGGAUACAUCAACGAGUACGAGGUCGGCCGCCUCCUCCGCGACUCGAGGCUGUACACUGUUGGCGCGGGCACGCAGGAGAUCCGCCGCAUGCUCAUCGGACGCAUGUUCAAUGAGGCGUUCAAGAAGGGCCUUGACCGUCUCCCUGGCUCGGCUUAG